UAACCAUACGGCAGGACGAGAAGUUUCAUCGAAACCACAUUUCAGUACGAUAUCUAUCUUUUUUCUCGUCAAAGGAAAAGUUUUUUUUGUUUGUUGUAUACAUUGACAAUACACAGGAGGAAUAUUUUCAAGGAUCUGUAUCGAGUAUCGUGAUUCCGCUCAUAAUUAGUGAAAGUACAAUACAUGGAGUGAUUUAUCAUGGUGGCUGGUCCUUCUGAGCAUGGGAUGCAAGCUGAUGUGAUAUUCGUCAUCGAGGGUACAGCUGUGAAUGGAGCUUACCUUCACGAUAUCAAGACCAGUUAUCUUAUGCCAACAUUGGAAUAUUUCAAUCAAGGAAGCAUAGAGGAUCGAGAAUAUGUCUCUGAGAAUAGCACAACACUUUAUGGAGUGGUGGUUUACCAUGCAGCCGACUGUUUACCUGCACCCUGCACUGGAACAUUCGGGCCUUAUUCAAACCCUCACAAACUUUCACUUAUGUUGGACAAGCUUGAAAUGGUAGGUGGCAAAGGUGAAUCCAAUGCAAAUAUUGGUGAAGGAUUGGCAACUGCGUUACAAUGUUUCGAAGACUUGCAAUUGCGCAGAGAACCUAAUACCGCUUCACAAAAACAUUGUAUUUUAGUUUGCAAUUCGCCUCCGUACCAAACAGUUGUCCAGGAAUCAUACAAAUUCUCUGGACACACCGUGGAACAGUUGGCAGCAAUUUUUCAAGAGAGGAAUAUCAACCUCUCAAUAAUAUCUCCAAGAAAAAUACCAGCAUUAUUUAAACUAUUUGAAAAAGCUGGUGGUGAUUUACAGUCAUCACAGACAAAAAAUUAUGCUAAGGAUGUAAGGCACGUUGUUCUCCUGAGAAAUUAUAAUCUCAAGGAACGGCCUGUCAGUCCAAUGGGAGCAACGGGUCAUCUCGCACCUGGUAAUCCGGUGCAAAUACCACCCAGUCCUUUACAAAGUAAUGACAGUCCAAAUCCAAAUCAACCACAACAGAAUCUUCCCCAACCGACUCAGCAACAAACUGGUGCAUUUAGAAACCAAGCACCUCAAAAUAUUACCUCAGUUAAUCAGCAAACUGCUCCUCCAAUGUCUGCUCCUCUCAUGGCCGGCCGUGGAAACUUCAAUCCGCAAAUCACAGCUCCACCUAACUAUCAUCCCACCUUAAUGGGUCCUAGACGUUGGAUUAUGCCUCCACAACAACGACCUCCAUUUAUUGCAUCUGGAGCCACAGCUCAAUCAAAUUCUCAAGGAAGCGCACUUAUUGCCCAGCUAACACAGCCUCCUUCUGUCUUGGGACCAGGUGUCAAUCAAUUUGGACAGCGUAUGGAUGGAAACACUAAUGUCAUGACGAACGCUUCUCAGCAACAGCAACAGCAACUACAACAACAACAGCAGCAGCAGCAGCAGCAACAACAGCAACAACAACAGCAGCAGCAACAACAACAACAGCAGCAACAGCAGCAGCAGCAACAACAGCAGCAGCAGCAGCAGCAGCAGCAGCAUCAACAGCAGCAACAACAAUUACGUUUCACUCUGAUGCAGCACCAACAAAAUCAACAACAAAGUCCCCAGCAAACAACAACAAUGAGUAUGCAGGGACAAGCGGUGCAAGGUCAAGCUGGACAACAAUUAAUGGUAUCUGGCGUGAGCCAGUCUCUUCCUGCACAAGCGCAGCAGACUACUCCAGCUUCUCAAGCUUCUGCUUCGGUGUCCUCUGUACCUUCGCAAGUGUCGCAUAGCCAACCACAAGGAAACGUUGCUGGAGGACCUGUGGCAGGUCAACAAAUGGCACCUAGCAGAGAGCGUCACACAAUCUGGCAGGGUGUUCUGGAAUGGCUUGAAAAAGCUAAGAAUCCCACAGAUACACAGAAGCUCACUAGACACGUUCCAUGUCAAGUAUCAGCCAACUCUAAAGAUGGUGAACCAGAAUUAAAGGCAGAUUCUUGGCCACAAAAGCUGAUCAUGCAGUUGAUGCCUAAACAGCUGAUAGGUAAUAUUGGAGGAGCUUAUUUAAAAAAUUCGAAGUCUGUUCUCUUUCACCCAUCAUCUUGUGAGGCUCUCGACGGUUUAACGAAAGUUAUGAGCACUGGUUUUGCCGGUUGUGUGCAUUUCACGUCUGUACCAUCUCCGGCAGCUUGUGAUAUAAAAGUGCUUAUUCUUUUAUAUACUGCUGAGAAAAGAGCAUACCUUGGAUUUAUUCCUAACGAUCAAGCUGCGUUUGUAGAUCGUCUACGUAGAGUAAUACAGCAUCAAAAAACCACCCAAGCAUUAAUGAGACAAGGGCAGGGAGGAAAUGUAUCUGGAAACAAUUUGCCAGCAAUAACUGCGGGUAUGUCAGCAGGUGGGAUUCUUACAAAUCCUAUGGCUAUGGGGGGAGGUCAAAUAACAGAAAACGUUGUUCCUAGUACCGGACCACAGCAAACAUUAGGCAAUUCAAGUGGGCCACAGGGACAAAUAAAUAUGCCGGGUGGUGGAUUAUCUGGACCUCAACCAGUAGGCCAAGGACCUGGUGGUAUGAUGGGACAACAAAGACCGCAAUACGAUGCCAUAGAACUUGCUAGGCAGCAGAACCUUAUGAAAAUAAAACAGUUAAAGCAGACUUUGGAAGCUGCGCAGCAACAAGAAGCCCAAUAUCAAUCCCAGAUAGAAGUCAGUAUUCAAAGGAACCUAGAAGUGGCUCAACAACAAGAAAUGCAGUUCAAGCAGCAAAUUGAGGCACAACAAGUCCAAAGAACUCUUAACUCUGGUGGCGGGAUGGCAGGUCAACAACCUAAUGCACAGAGAAUGAUGCGUCCUGUAAUGGCGAACAGUCCUGGUCUCCGAAAUUUGCUCCAGCAGCAGCAGCCGCAAUACAGACAAGUACCUGGAAUGCAACAGCAAAUGGUCGGUCCAAGAGGUAUGCCGACAAGGCCGAUGGCACCAGGGAAUCCGCAAUCUCAACAAUUUGAUGAAGUCUCUAAUUACGAUUUUCUUGGCUAAUUAUUCUGAUACGGCAUGCAUAUUCCUAAUUUCAUACGCUAUAUCUAAAUAGUAUAUAAAUGGUUGAUGAUACUCUACUGUACAAUAAAAAAGAGACGCAUGGAUAGAAA